UCACUCUUCGGCGGGAUGCCGGGUGGUUAUGGCUUGGGGGCUCCCCAUUUACCCUCGGCUUACGCUAUUUUGGGCCGAGGGGGCUCAGCGCCUGGCUUCGGGGGUCACACACCAGCCUCGGCGCCACCCCCGUCCCCGUAUCCUCACAGCAGCCUCGGUACGCUCAGCGUGGCCGCCAGUCAAGCUGCGAGUCUGGGUAUCAAUCCAGCAGCCACUGCAUGGUGGACAAUGGCCUCUCAUCUGGCGGCGCAAGACUACCUCGCGAGGUUACAAGGAGCGGCAGGACUCCCAGGAUUUCCGCCCGGUACCGAGAGCCUCCUACCACCCUAUCCCGCCUCUCUACUUAAUCCCCCGUCCCUCUCGUCCCACAAGUCCAGUAAGUCUAAGUCAAGCAAGAGUCACAAGACGCCGCCAGCUAGCAGUAGUAGCUCAACAACGCCAAGUAUGACGAGCAGCAGCCUGCCGGUGUCCACUCAACCACCGGUGACGUCCUCUCAUCACAGUACCCCGGUCAGCAGCACGCCAAAUUCGCAAUCCAAUGUCGUCAGUGAUCCUAGCAGUAUAUUGGGAGGUGUGCGUCUACCUCCCGACACGGAGAUUAUCAAGUAUACGUCGAGUAUAGUCGGUCCAAAGGUUCCUGGAACGACGAACCGCGGCAGGAAGAAGACAAUAUCGUUGGACACUCCUAGCGUCAGCGUACAUCCGCCGCCCGUCCCUACCCUUAGCGCCCAUCAGACGAACACGACAACCUCUUCGUCGCUAAUGAUAGAACCGAGGAAGUACAAUCGCACGGGGACCGACUCGAACGAAUACAGAGAUUCGGUGGAUCGAGUAGAAGUAAUCAAACUGCCGGCCCAUUCAACGAACGGCUCCGUUCUGUCGGCGCCGCCGACGUAUACUAGCAGCGGUAGCAGCAGUAGUAGCAACGCGAACAACAACAUCAACGAUUCGGACGCGCCCUUAAAUCUCUCCCUAAAGCCCGCCACGACGAGCAGUAGCUCGCCGAUUUCUGGUAGUCAACCGCUCAGUCAGCUCAGUAAUUUAAGCCAAUCGUUACUUGCCUCCGAUCGAACGUCGAGACGAAAACCCGGACCAAAGCCGAGAAGAGUUCCGCAGAAUUCGGUGCCGGUGCCGGCGUCGCCUAGUCCUUCCUUGGCGCAGCUUUUCGCUGCCGCGGACUCGCCACAGCGGCCGAGUAGCGGUAGUGAAGAAAGCGAGAGUGCAAGCUCUGCUACCCAUCACAAGGACGGCAGGCCGCGAAAUCUCGGUCGUGGUGUAUCGAAGCCUAAGAAGAACACGGUCGCGUCGUUAUUGGCCCAAAGCAGAGCUCUAGGGAUUAAACCCACCCCGACUUUGGAUCCAAGUGUGCCAUUGUCUCAUCAAGUAUCGUUGCUGAGGUCGAAUAUACUGGCGGCUCAAUUGCACGCUUCCGUCGCUACUGGCCAGAGUGACGAAAAGAGCCAGUACUAUCACUUGCUAACGAAGAUACAGAAGAAGAAGCGACCUCGACCAAUUCGUGCUUCGUGGGCGAGGAGCCAUGAGAAAAUGAAAAACAAGUUGCUGGAGGCUUCGGGAGAAGAGAGUAACAUGGACGUGACCAGCGAGAGCGGCAGUAACACCGAUGUUCUCACGGAUACGGAUGACGACAAUGCGGAAGGCACACCUAGCGCGAAGAGGAGAAAACUCAAACCCAGCGAAAGAGACCUUCAAAUGCCGUUAGAGCGCGGUUGGAAGCGUGAAACGGUUAUCAAGGGACUAGGAAAGACGGGAGUGAUAAAAGGCGACGUGUCGUAUUACAGCCCCUGCGGGAAAACUUUUAGGAGCAGUCCCGAUCUAGUGAAGUUUCUGGAGCAUCAAAAUCCAGCUGAAUUAACUACCGCCAAUUUUUCGUUUUCCUCCCGUCCGUUGGUCGGGGAAUUCCUGCAGCCAACGAUGGGUCUAGCAGAGGCUGAAUUUGUCAGACUCGGUGCUCAAGAAGUAGCGCGAAGAUUGGAAGAGAUCAGAGCGGUCGCUGGUUUCAGAGACGUACGGACGAACAAUCAAUAUGAUAGAGAAAAGCUAGCUUAUGCGAAGAAACUUGCGAAGGAAGAAGCGCAACGUCAUAAAGAACAAGCUAGGCUUAUUAAGGAGCAAGAGAAGUCAGAACGGCAGGAAGCCGUCAGACGAGAACGGGAGAUCAGGAAUCAACAGCUGCUCGAGGGUCGAAAGCGGCUCGCGUUCACGAUCAAGCAGAAAAUGAAGAUCAUCCAAGAGAUCGAGCGCGGCAAGAGCAAGAGCGACGUGGCUCGCGAGCUGGGUCUGGCGAGCAGUACGGUUGCCACCAUUUGGAAGAAUCGAGAGAGCAUCGCCGAGAGCUGGCGCAACCGGGACAUGAUGCACCAGGCAGACGUCGAGGACGUACCGUCGAAAAAGCCACCGUCGAUGCCGUCCCUCGCGUCGACCACAGCCGCGUACUGCACCCCGAUGACGAUGACGACGAUGACGACAACGACCGCGAUCACAACGACGCCGCCGUCUCUGGUCUCUGGCGUGGUCGUGCCGCCUCCACAGGUGCAGGUGGUGCCACCGGUACUACCACCACCGCCUUAUCCCACCUUAACCCUGCCGCCGGUGUCGGCGGGCCUUGUGCCAUCACCGCAGCCAACGACGCCAAUCUCCUCUUCGUCGAACCUGUCGACCACCACGUCAACUGGUACGACGACCACGACCAUGCCGCCGGACAAUACCCAGCAGGCACAGACCCAGACGCAGAGUCAGGAACUUCUGGAGGCACGGAAAAAACGGCAGGAAGAGGUGGAGAAGAUCCGACUGGAAGAACAACAAAGGAAGCAACAGGAACGGGAGCUGAAGAGGCAGCAGGCGGUUAUGCUGAAGGAGCAGAUGUACAUGCAGGAGCUCACCAAGCAGCGCGAGAUGCUCUACACCGUCGAGCUGGAAAGAGAGAGAAGGAGGCAACAUAUGGCCUUGGUACGGGCACUAGAGAAUCGUCGGAAGAUGGAGGAGAAAGAGAAGAAACGCUUGGAGGCUAGAGCCGAGAGAAUAGCGACGAAGGAAAAGCGAGCGGAACAGAGAAGAAUCGAGUUGGAAUUAAUUGAACAAAUUCGCAAGCCCGUAGAGGAUAUGGAACUGACAGAUCACAGAUCACUGCCAAAAGUAAAAAGAAUACCUGGACUUAAGCUUUCCGGGCAAGCGUUCGCAGAUAUCGUCAUGGUCUUCGAAUUUUUGCACAAUUUCGGGGAAACUUUAGGAUUCGACAUGGAAUCAUUACCGAGCUUGAAGAGUCUUCAACUCGCCCUUCUCAAUGAUGAAGAAGCUGAGGAGGAAAUGCUGUCGGUUAUGACACACCUGUUGGUAUGUGCUAUCGAAGACCCAGGAAUUCCGCAACCGGCUAGACAUACUACAGGCUUGGGUCAAAGUUUGCGUCAAGCUGACAUCACUCACGCCAACAUUAGUGAAGUACUGCGAAUUUAUUUGUAUGCGAACGCAACCGGCGAAGUAAAGGCUCUGACAGGGGUGUGCCUUGAGCGUGAGCGCGACAAGAAAUUCGCCGAUCAUCAUCAGAACGGCGGCGAUUACGCUUCAACCUGCUCGGGAAAGAAUGCACAGUUCUAUGAACACUUACAUAACAACGAAACGUGGAAGAUGUCGGAAAGAUUACGAGACAAACCUUUCUUAGCGUUGAAUCCGACACAUAAGGCACAGAUGCUUGCUUUCCUUUGCAACGAGCUACUGCAAAAUAAGGCUGUGAUCAGACAGAUAGAGGGUAGCCUCGAGACGGUAGCUCAGCUGAGGAAAGAAAGAUUCGUAUUGGACACCAAAAUCAGAAAGCUUAGACAAUUACAUAGUCGAAAAAUCCGAAUGGAAGCUGUGGGUGUCAUUGUUAAUAAGAUUGGCGACACGAUCACUAUUGAGAAGAAGGAAGGUGAGGAAGAAGGCAAUACUACGUCUACUGCUGUAGGCACGACACCUACACCAGAUGAAAUUCAUCAUGAGGACGAAGUAGAAGACAUGUCUGAAAACGAGAGUGAAGGCACUCAGCCAGAAGAGGAGGAGGAUAAGAAUUUAUCUGGAGAAGAAUUGGGUAAGAAAUUGGAUAAACUAUUGAAGCAAUCAGAGGAGCAACUGCAAAAGUUGAACAGCUCUUCGAAGCAACUCCGUGCGCACAUAUUCGGCCAAGACAGGUAUUGGAGGAGAUAUUGGGAAUUAGCAUGCGCCGGCGGCAUUUUCGUGGAAGCUAUGGAGAGCGCUGAACCGGAAAUUCUCGAUCUCCAAGCCGAGCUUGAUGAGAAGUACAAAAAUAGACCGAUAGAGGAGAAAUCCGAAGUGAAGCAAGAGGGCGAAAGCAAGAAUUCCGAAAAUCGCGAAAAUGAGGCGCCAAACGAAGUCAAGGCUGAAAAGAAACAUAAUUCGAGUGAGCAGAACGAGAAUAUGAAAUCUCACGGGGAUAAAAUGAAGUCCGAGGUGGAAGAGAUCAACUGUAAAAAGGAGUCUGUACAAAAUUACGGCUCGGAGAAUGUAAAGGAGGAGAAGAGGAAUAAUGAUGUAGAUGGUACAAUGACAGAUGCGAAGACGAAUGUCACGUCCGAGGAAAUAAAACAGGAGACGGAAGUGAUCAAUACAGAUGUCGACAUGAAAGAAGAGGUGAAAAAGGAGAAUGAAGAGAUGGACGAAGAUAUGACGAAACCUCUGAUGAAAACGAUGGAGGAUAAAAUUGUCGAAACGAUACCGAAUGGGGACAAGUUCAACCACAUCAAUAAUCUACACAACGGGAAAGAACUCAACGGCUCUUUUAUUUCCAACAAUAGCAAUGCCGAACCUAAUUGGUUUUCCAUCUUACCGCGUGAGACAUGCGAUACUCCGGGACCUAGCACUAAACAAAUCUUUGGCAUAGCCGAGCCGACUGAGCUCAGAAUCCCAGUGUUCCCACCACCCGCCAGUCCGAGUUAUGAUAGAUGCGAUAGUCCGGCACCCCUGAUAUUAACUCAAGAUGAGGCAGCACAACUAGAAUAUCUGAAAGUGCACGGUUUACCACCUCCUGGAGAGGCCAAACCGGUGUCAAAAGAUCUGAGAUAUGGUUGGUGGAGGAUAACAGAUGUUGACACGUUCCAAGAACUUCUGGAGCAUCUACACUCUCGUGGUGUUCGCGAGAAAGAAUUAAAACGCACCACAUGGGCGACGAUGGAAUCCUUCUUAGCUGUUACCGGUAAAAUUAAUGUUGAUUCUGGUAAUUUCUCCGCCACUGAACUUCAAGCGGAACCAGACGAUCCCAAUACGCCAAUUCCAAAGCCCGAUAAUCCGAAUAAUUGGAGCGAGCAAGUUGCGCUACGAGUAGAUGCUCAACUUUUGGAGCAAGUGGAGGCACUUGAAGAUAAAGUGGCUAAUGCUAGCAUGCAAGUCAAAGGUUGGAAGCUACCGCCGCGAGCGGGAACUGAGGAAGCCGAGGAAAUUGAGAAGUUGAAUGAAAUGGAAAAGAUUAGUGCGGUCGAACAAGCGCGGCAAAGGUUACUUUCUUUGGAGGCAGCUAUAGAAAGAAGAUACUUAAAACCACCUUUAGGUGUUUGUACGGGAGAUCCUAACUUGGCAGCCCUCAAGGCAGAACAAGCAGCAGCCGCUAACGCAAAUUCGAACAAUUCCGAUCAGAAUAACCAGACACCUGCACCGCCAGAGGAAACGACGCCACGGGGUUUGAACACCUGGCGGGAGGCGACGGCACGAGCGCACACGUCGGCGCAACUCGCAAUGGCACUCUACAUGCUCGAGGCCAGCAUCGCUUGGGACAAGAGCAUCAUGAAGGCUGUGAGUCUAACAACAGCUAGAAACUCGGUCUGCGCCAAGCUACGAAACCGCUGCGUCUCACUCAAAGCUACCAAUCAGUACAAACAGCUAUUGACUACUUCUCAGACCUCUAAUUGCCAGUUUUGUCAUAGUGGAGACAACGAAGAUAAACUGCUUCUUUGUGAUGGCUGUGACCGUGGCUACCAUACUUACUGUUUCCGUCCAAAAAUGGAAAACAUUCCUGAUGGUGACUGGUAUUGUCAUGAAUGUAUGAACAAAGCAACAGGUGAACGCAAUUGUUUAGUGUGUGGAAAGAGAGUUGGUAAAAACCUGGUUCUGUGCGAACUCUGUCCUAGGGCUUAUCACACUGACUGCCAUAAUCCUGUCAUGCCAAAAAUGCCACGAGGAAAAUGGUAUUGCUCUAAUUGCCACAGUAAACAACCAAAGAAGAGAAAUAGUAGUCGAAGGAGUCAUACCAAAGGGGGAGGCACCAGAGAAAGUGAAAGUUCUGAUCAUCCACCAGCUAGUCCAACGCCAUCAACGGCAUCGAACACGCACGUAGAGGAUGUCAGUUCGUCGGAACCGCCGACUCCUACCGCCUCACCACGGAAGGAGGGUAACAAUCGGACGCUCACGAAGAAGCAACAACGAGAGCUGGCGCCUUGUAAGAUACUCCUCGAACAGUUGGAACAACAGGACGAGGCCUGGCCGUUCCUCCUGCCGGUGAACACCAAACAGUUCCCGACCUACAAGAAAAUCAUAAAAACCCCCAUGGAUCUCAGUACGAUUAAGAAGAAGUUGCAGGACUCCGCGUACAAGUCUCGCGAUGAGUUUUGCGCCGAUGUCAGGCAGAUGUUCAUCAACUGCGAGGUAUUCAACGAGGAUGACAGUCCUGUGGGCAAGGCCGGCCACGGGAUGCGCAGUUUCUUCGAAAUGCGCUGGACCGAGAUCACCGGCGUGCCGCCUCCACAUCCACAAACGCAUAGCUGAGGUUCGGUACGUUCGCGCAACACCUGCAACAGCUUCGCUCACUUCUACUAUUAGGAUAUGCGUCGCGUCACCGAUCGCGAUAGACCGACAGUCGUCGGAAGGGAUUGAUCCACCCUCUACUACUUCACUUCCAAGCAUUAGUCGGCCUCGUUCUAGCGGCCAAUCGAAUUUUCCAUUAUAAUAGUAAUUGCUGUGAACGCGGGUACACACUCGCCUAUCGUAUCAUCCAUUCUCGCUGUUCAUCACUUACGCGAGUGCGUUUUUCUCGCGUUUCAUAAAAUGCUCUAGUACUUGGGUAUACUGUGACACGAAUGACUCGUACUUCAUUUCCUUGUUAGCACCUAUGACGCGAUUUUCGUCAAACUUACUCAUUGUAAAGUAUUAUAGCGAGACACGUUCUAAGCCGAUCGGACAUUCGGCUUCGGUUUAAUGAAUAUUGAUAAAAGUGCGAGAAGUAUCGCACUUAAGGUCGAGAUCUUGGUCUGCGAUAACAAGCACUUCUCGACAUCGACGUGAUUAUUCAGAUAGAAGCUUGCGCGCAUCGUUUCGAUCUUCGUCGAUUAGGACGGAGCGAUGCGAAUGGUCAUUGUACUUACACAAGUGAACAUUUGCCUAAGCGACAAAAGUGUAAUUUGCGAUUGUAUUAUACGGGCUUAAUGUCGACGUAUCGUCGGCAAAAGAAAUAUUUUGCAAAGUAAUAAAUGUGAAAAAGAGAGAAGUUAUAUAUGUAUA